AUGAGACAUACGCUGGAUUUGGUCCUGUCUGUAUCGGUUCACAACUUUAAAGAGAUGUGGUUGUUCUGGAUGCUUCUCAUCUGUCCGUUGUUCUUAUCUGGCUCUGGGAUCCAUAUGAACUUGGCAGAGAGCCAUAGUGCAUUUACCUGUGAGCCCAUUGGACUUCGAAUGUGCCAGGAUCUGCCCUACAACACCACCUUCAUGCCCAACCUGCUCAACCACUACGACCAACAGACAGCUGCACUGGCUAUGGAGCCGUUUCACCCUAUGGUAAACCUGCAGUGCUCUGCCGACUUGCGGCCCUUCCUGUGUGCCCUCUACGCGCCUGUGUGUAUGGAAUACGGCCGAAUGACCUUGCCUUGCCGGAGCCUAUGCCUGCAUGCGAAGAGAGACUGCCAGAAGCUCAUGGAUAUGUUCGGCGUCACCUGGCCUGAUGAGAUGGAGUGCAGCAGGUUCCCAGACUGUGAUGAAUCAUACCCCCGUGCUGUCGACCUGCUGACCAGUGAGGACACCACUGACCAGUCCCCCAUGCCUGUGCAGCGUGACUAUGGCUUUUGGUGCCCCCGUGAACUCAAAAUUGAGCCUGACCAUGGAUAUUCCUUCCUGGGAGUGCGUGACUGCUCUCCUCCCUGUCCCAAUAUGUACUUCCGUCGCGAAGAGCUGACUUUUGCCCGAUACUUCAUAGGUGUCAUCUCCAUCGUUUGCCUGUCUGCCACGCUUUUCACGUUCCUCACCUUCCUCAUCGACGUCACGCGCUUCCGCUACCCGGAGCGGCCAAUCAUCUUUUACGCGGUCUGCUACAUGAUGGUGUCCCUUGUCUUCUUCUUGGGCUUUCUGUUGGAGGAUCGCGUCGCCUGUAAUGCCGCCAACCCAGCUGAGUACAAGGCCUCUACAGUAACCCAGGGCUCACACAACAAGGCCUGCACUCUGCUUUUCAUGGUGCUCUACUUUUUCACCAUGGCCGGGAGCGUCUGGUGGGUCAUCCUUACCAUUACCUGGUUCCUGGCUGCUGUGCCCAAGUGGGGCAGUGAAGCCAUUGAGAAGAAGGCGCUGUUGUUUCAUGCCAGUGCCUGGGGCAUCCCGGGUACCCUUACUGUCGCUCUCCUGGCCAUGAAUAAGAUAGAGGGGGAUAACAUCAGCGGUGUGUGUUUUGUGGGGCUGUAUGACGUUCACACGUUGCGAUGGUUUGUGCUGGCUCCGCUGUGCCUGGACGUACUGGUUGGAGUGUCCCUGCUGUUAGCAGGCAUUGUCGCUCUGAACAGGGUCCGAAUGGAGAUUCCCCUAGAAAAGGAGAACCAGGACAAGCUGGUGAAGUUCAUGAUCCGGAUUGGUGUGUUCUCCGUGCUCUACCUGGUGCCAUUGCUGACAGUGGUGGGUUGUUACUUGUACGAGCAGGGGUACCGAUCUAUCUGGGAGACCACCUGGGUGCAAGAACGGUGUAGGGAAUAUCACAUCCCCUGUCCUUACCAGGUGGAACAGACGAGCAGGCCGGACCUGGUCCUCUUUUUGAUGAAAUAUCUGAUGGUUCUGGUGGUUGGCAUCCCUUCUGUCUUUUGGGUCGGCAGCAAGAAGACCUGUUUUGAGUGGGCCAGCUUUUUUCACGGCCGUCGACGCAAAGACAGUGCUGUUAACGAGAGCAGACAGGUUCUUCAGGAGCCAGACUUUGCCCAGUCUCUGUUGCGAGACCCCAACACCCCAAUCAUCCGUAAGUCCCGUGGAACUUCAACCCAAGGCACCUCCACCCACGCCUCCUCCACCCACCUGGCCAUGAUAGACGACCAGCGCAGCAAGGCCGGGAGCGUCCACAGCAAGAUGAGCAGUUACCAUGGCAGCCUGCACCGCUCCCGGGACGGCAGGUAUACCCCCUCCAGUCACAGGGAGGUGGAGGAGCGUCCUCCCUACGGCAGCAUGCCCCGCCUCAACGAACAACUAUCCCAUCACAGCAGUCUCCAUCAGCUUGACAGCCAAUCACGGCACAGCAGUUUGAGAGACGUGAGCAACGCUCCUCCCACUAACAUCACCCAUGGCUCCAGUAUGAACUGUGUCGUGGAGGACGAUGGCGCAAGCGCGUAA